AUGAUCUUUGUCGCCACUGGCGGAUGGCUCGUACGCAUCUCGCUCGACCUGCUGCUUCUCGUGCCCCGCACAGUCCUCGCAUUCAAUUUAGCGUGGAACCCAUUUGUGCUCCUCACGCGAAAAGCUCUCGAGUACACCCACCAGCAGCUCCAAACGAUCACCACCCGAUACGUUCGCGUCAACAACGUCAACAACGUCAACAAUCGCAAUAGGAGCAGCACCUGCGAUAGGAACACCAGUGACCACAUGCGGUGGCUCCAGCCUGGCGAGCGCAAUGGCGAGCGCGUGGCCAUUGCGAGCUAUCCGCGCUGCGGGAACUCCCUCAUGCGGGGCCUCUUGGAAAAAGUCACGGGGGUCUACACGGGCUGUGACACGCGCCCCGACCGCGUGCUGAGCCAAGAGCUCCAGGCGUACGGGCUCAAGGGCGAAGGCGUCGUGGACGACUCGGUCUGGUUCGUCAAGACGCACUUCCCCGAGCGCGUGGGCUACAAGGCGUUCCCCGUGCACAAAGUGAUCCUCGUCGUGCGCAACCCCUGGGACGCGCUCGACUCGUACUUUAACAUGACGCUCACGAACACGCACAACCAGAGUGUGCACGAGUCGCAGUACGCGCGCUUUCGUGAGCGAUGGGACCGCCUCGUGCGCCACGAGAUUGACGUCUGGAUGAAGUUUUACCGCUACUGGACGACGACGGUCGAUGUGCCGGUCAUUGUCGUGCGCUACGAAAACCUGUUGCUGCAUCGCGAAGAGACACUGCGUCGGGUGUUUCUCUUUCUCACUGGCAAAGAGACGUUGGAAGGCACGACAUGGGAACAGCGGAUCCGGGACGUGGUGGCCACUAGUGGCGACCACGAUGGGCCGUACAAGCCGCGCAGUGGCAAAAUCGGUGCCUCGUUCCGCCACUUUUCCGACGAGCAGUUUGAGUUUAUUCGGACGACGGCCAACCUGCCGCUGCGUGGAUUUGGCUAUGACCCCGUGACGCAAAACUUUCCCACGGACAUUCGGCUGCCCAAGCGACAGGUGAAGCCAGGCAAGGCAGGCGCAACGCUGCUCGUGUCGAUUGACCAGGACAUGGAGAUCCGCAAGAAGAACGAUUCGUUUGGACGCGGCUCGACGCACUUUCGUCGAGCGCUAGUUGAACCCGUGAUUGCAAGCGAUGGCAGCGAGCUGAAUAUGCACGAGGUGCUUGCCGCGAGGGCGCGCUUGCGGGCCCAGAAGAGCGAGGUCGACGAUCGAAGCGAUCAGAAGGAAAAGCAGCAGUAG